GAUAACACCUACUUCUAGUCGUGCUUACUCUAUUAUCCACUGAAUAUGAAUCUUACUGGUUAUGCAUUUAUUGUGGGGGGAGGAGGUGGUAUCGGCUCCGUCUGUGCUCUAGCCUUUGCCCAAGAUGGCGCCGCUGGUCUUUUGGUUGCAGAUUUGAGCCUCGAAUCGGCUCACAGGAUCGCAGUCGAAUGUCAGCGUGCAGCCACACAUCCCAGCUUCCGGGCUGAGGCCUUACACAUCGAUGUCUCACAAGGAGAGUCGGUUAAGCGUGCCACGGCCCACAUGGUCCAGACAUUUGGACGGAUUGACUGCCUUGUUAACUGUGCUGGAAUCGGGGUGGAAAGGGCCGUUGAAAUAGCGGAUGCUAAUGCAGACGAGUUCUGUCGCUUUCUCGAUGUAAAUACUACGGGGUCUUUCAUGCUUGUGCGUGAAGUGUCGGCGAUCAUGAAGUCUCAGGAACUGAGAAUUGUCGACUCCUUGUCCGAGGCACGAGGGAAAACACGAGGAUCCAUUGUCAUUUUGGGCUCCGCCUCGUCGUUUGUGGCUACUCCAGGCAUGGUGCAGUAUACAACAUCCAAGCAUGCCGUGCUUGGCUUUGUGAAGAACGCAGCGCUGGACAACGCUCCACAUGGAAUUCGGGUGAACUGCGUCUGCCCCUCUUGGGUGGACACGCCCAUGAUUCAGAGGGCGAUUGAAAGUGGAUUGGAGCUGGACCAGUUGAUCAAGACUGUAGUGCCAAUGGGGCGCAUCGCCACUCCAGAUGAGGUUGCAGAUGCAGUGGUUUUCUUGUCGAGUUCGCGAUCGAGUUAUUUUACCGGCUGUGGGUUCAUCAUGGAUGGUGGAACAACUCUAACUUGUCAUGUUUAGAAUAGAUAGCUAGAUACAGUUCUGAUUGGUAUUCUCUGAAUAGGAAAC